UACGACCAGGGCAGCCGUACAUCGGGAAAUUCUCUGGCCACCUUAACCGCACACCUGACGGGCGCUCUCCCUCUCCACGCAGGGUGCAGCAUCCAGCCGCAAUGAACGCGAGCGCCUCCUCACUCAAUGAGUCUCAGGUGGUGGCGGUGACGGCCGAGGGAGCGGCGGCGGCGGCCACCGCGGCAGGGGCGUCGGACACCAGCGAAUGGGGUGCCCCUGCAGCUGCGACGGCGCUGGGAGGCGGCGGCGGGGCUAACACAUCGCUGGAGCUGUCAUCACAGCUGCCCGCCGGGCCCCAGGGGCUGCUGCUGUCUGCGGUGAACCCGUGGGACGUACUGCUAUGCGUGUCGGGGACCGUGAUAGCGGGCGAGAAUGCGCUGGUGGUGGCUCUCAUCGCAACCACCCCGGCGCUGCGCACGCCGAUGUUCGUGCUGGUGGGCAGCUUGGCCACCGCCGACCUCCUAGCUGGCUGCGGCCUUAUCCUUCACUUUGUGUUCCAGUACUUGGUGCCCUCGGAGACCGUAAGCUUGCUCACCGUGGGAUUCCUUGUGGCCUCCUUCGCCGCCUCGGUGAGCAGUCUGCUAGCCAUCACUGUGGACCGAUACCUGUCUCUGUACAACGCGCUCACCUACUACUCCCGCCGGACCCUGUUGGGUGUGCACCUCCUGCUCGCGGCCACCUGGACGGUGUCCAUCGGUCUAGGGCUGAUGCCUGUGCUGGGCUGGAACUGCCUGGCGGAGCCAGCCGCCUGCAGCGUGGUGCGCCCGCUGACGCGCAGCCACGUAGCGCUGCUCUCAGCCACUUUCUUCGCGGUCUUCGGAAUCAUGCUGCACCUGUACGUGCGCAUCUGCCAGGUGGUCUGGCGCCACGCGCAUCAGAUCGCGCUUCAGCAGCACUGCCUGGCCCCGCCGCACCUAGCUGCCACCAGGAAGGGCGUGGGUACGCUGGCAGUGGUGCUGGGCACUUUCGGUGCCAGCUGGCUGCCUUUUGCCAUCUACUGCGUGGUGGGCAGCCACGAGGACCCGGCCGUCUACACCUACGUCACCCUGCUGCCAGCUACCUACAACUCCAUGAUCAACCCCAUCAUCUAUGCCUUCCGCAACCAGGAGAUCCAGCGCGCCCUGUGGCUCCUGUUCUGUGGCUGUUUCCAGUCCAAAGUGCCCUUCCGCUCCAGGUCCCCUAGUGAGGUCUGAAGGCACCCUCCGCACGCUCUCAACACCACACCCCCAACAGGCCAGCCUUUGGUGAGCUUCUCAGUGCC